UGUGUUUGACGGUAUUUAGUAGCGGCAAUUUAAACACUGCGAGCAUCAUUACAGUUCGAAAGGUUUGAAGGCCCUCUACUGGCGUACAUCUUUUUGCGGCAAGACUACAACGAGUACAUUCUACACAACUAACUCACCAGCUAUCGCAUAACUACCGCCACCUGCACACAGUCAAUUGCGAUCUUAUAAGGAACUUCUUUUCUAUCUUCUUCGAAACAAAUCCAACUUCUGGUCUAGAGGGCAGAAAACACCCAAAUAAUAGAGAUAGAAGCGUACUUGGAACUGAUGGUCACAGUUUUCGAAGGCGGUUCCGUGACGUCCUUUAAAUGCAAUGUUUUAGGCCGGAGAACCGAAGUGCCAACUGUUGCCUUUUACAGAGUAUUUCUCGAGCAGCUGAGGGGCAAGAACUCUUAAACAGCACAUGGCGAGAUCAUGCAUAGAAGACAAGCACUGACUCUGCUAAAUGUCCAAAUGGAUGACGUAGGAGAGUAUGUGUGUGUAGCUAGGCAAUGGAGUCCCUCCACCCGCCAUGGCUACUUCAACUCUGAAAAGUGUUCGACAGCAGUGCCUCCUGUACUCCAGCCCUGGCUGGUUUUCCCUUCCGUCCUACGUCUGUACAGAAACUUUGUCUCACCGAUACCUCAUCACCAGCAAUGGAAAACUAUAUUAAUCUGCGAGAGUUUUGAACAGCUAGUGUUGGCAUGCGAAUGGAUGGAAGACCCAAGGUGGAUAUAACCUGGCGAAUCAACGAUCGCGCACUCAAUGCAGGUACUGACACGUGGAGGUACGAAGUUUUUCUGAGCAGUCCAAGGCAGGAUGUGCUGAUCCUAGUCUUCUAAACACAUUCAAUGAACCUUUGACAUCCCCUUUUGGAGCUUAAUCACAUUGACUGUAUAGGUGGAAAUCUUGCAGGAAGUGCAAAUGGCCAAGCCAACUUGCAAGGAGAAAUAAUUGAUGCGGCACAAUGGCUGGUGGACCCUGUCCAGUAACUUGUGGGUUUUGGUACCAGAGAUGUUGGAUUUGCUUGCUACAGGUACAAUCCAAUCCGGACUAUUGACAUAUCACAAGUCCACUUUCAAUUAUUCUCUUUAAUUGAGCGAACUGAAAUUUGCACUACCAGUGUGACACAUGUGGUCAUUUUGUCUGUAAUAGAGUACAGGUGGAAUACGAACCGAGUGGAGUGAAUGCUCAAAGAGUUGCAACGGAGGAGUCCGAACCAGAAGUUCGUCUUGCCUCGAGGAAAAAUUCCCAAUCAAUUCCAGAUAUGCAGCCCUGGUUAACAGUACCACACUGAGACCUGCAGAGGACACCAUGUGUGCCAUGUCAGAGAGAGCUGGUCCAAGACCUUCUGAACGAGAGCUGUGUGAGACACAGGAUUGCCCCUUCUAUCAAGCAUCAAGAUUUGGACAGUGCAGUGCAACUUGUGGUGGUGGAGUCCGCACGAGAACUGUUGAAUGUGUAAUACUCCUAAAUAAGUACAAGGACAUGAAUGGCAAAACCCAGCUCAAUGUGACAGACGUGAAUAUUACUCAAUGUGGAGGGGAGCCCCCGGCGGAAUCCGAAAUGUGUAAUACAUUUGAUUGCUUCUAUCGGUGGAUACCUGGAAGAUUUGGCGAGUGUGGUAAUACACCAUCGUUGGGUCCACCAGUCUCCAAUGAAUUUUCAUGCAAAGAGAGACCAGUCACAUGUGUAAACGACAUGCAGGUGCCAGUCAAUGACUCAUUUUGUGAGGCUGCUAUGAUACCAAAGCCACCAAUUUUAGCCAGUUGUGGUAAUAAGAACUGCUUUGUUGGGAUCUGGGACACCACAAGGUUCUCGCCAUGUUCAAAGACGUGUGGAUAUGGCAUGCAAGAGAGGGAACUGCUUUGCCUCAGCCCUCAGACCCUGACACGAGUCCCCACUGACUUCUGUGAUAUUAGCAGAGCACCAAUUGCUAAAAGGCAGUGUUUUGUACGAAACUGUGAAAACAUGUGUUUACGAGAUGAGAAUCCAGGUGUGUGUGCUGUCGUGGUCAGGCAGAACUUGUGCGAUUCACAAUUAGCUAUGGGCAGUAGUGGUCUUCGUUGUUGUGUCAGCUGUGGCAUGGGGACUGGAUCAGACUAGAACAAUCAUGAUGUAUUUGACUGAUAGAAUAUACCGUUAUUCCUGACAAGUGUAAGUGUGGUACACUCUUGUUUUGUAUAAUGUUAUAUGCACUACAUCAUGUUUCAAUGUAAGUUAUGGCUUGAUCCCACAAGCAGGCUUCAGACCAUGCUACCCAGCAGCCCAUGAAUGACAAAUAGUAUCCUCAAUUAUGUUGG